AGCUUGGCUUAAUCACAGUUUUCUGUUUCAUCGUUCAGACUACGGACAUGAGGAGAGCAGAGGUCUUGUUUGUUUAGAGCAGAGAGCACUAUUUAGUGCAGACUACACAAAUUGUAGAAUUAAUAUUAAUAGGUGCUUCUUGGAGUAAAAAGAUGGCAGUCAUCCUUGCCUCCCAUAAGAGGCCCAUGAUCCAGUGGAAGGUAACAUCUGAGGCUGGCAGGGAAGAGGAGUCAAGGAAGUGUGUGGAGACUGUGGGAGGCACCAAAAGGAAUCACUAUUCUAUUUGACAAGAGGCUGCAACUAAGUUUGCCUGAUGCCCUAAAUCCUGUUCAAGGGCUCUAUCUUAGGAACAGUCAUCUCGCUCACAGGGGGCAGGAGUAUUUGGACAGACAACUUUCAAACUAGGCACUUUCAUCCGCUUGAAGCUGAGUCCGACGACAGGAAAAAAAGCUCCCGGCACCGGUGUACGGAACACAGGAGUAAAAUGGCCGCUACCAGGACUGCAGGCGCUAUCCUGGGUCAUGUGACUAAAUAGCUUCCGGUUCCAACCCCGCCCUCCUCCACCCCGGGCUCUCGAGUCCCAUUUCCUGGGCUCAGGCCGACCACGCGGAGAAAUUCUGUGCUUCCCAGCACCCGGGCGGCUGUGACCCGAGAGCGGCCGCGGGCGCAUGGAGGGGACCUCGCAGGGGGCGGCGCCCUCCGCGGCGCUGGCCGCCGUGCUCAAGCACAGCUCGGCCUUGCCGCCCGAGAGCGCCAAGGUGCAAGGUUACGACUUCAACCGCGGCGUAGAUUACCAGGCACUUUUGGAGGCCUUCGGCACCACCGGCUUCCAGGCUACCAACUUUGGGCGCGCGGUGCAGCAAGUCAACGCCAUGAUUGAGAAGAAGCUGGAGCCGCUACCAGAAGAUGAAGACCAUCACGAAGAUCUGACGCAGAGCCGCCGCCCACUCACUGGCUGCACCAUUUUCUUGGGCUACACAUCCAACCUCAUCAGUUCGGGCAUCCGGGAGACCAUUCGCUACCUCGUGCAGCACAACAUGGUGGAUGUGUUGGUGACCACUGCUGGAGGCGUGGAAGAAGAUAUCAUCAAGUGCCUGGCACCCACUUACCUUGGCGAGUUCAGCCUCAGUGGGAAGGAGCUCCGGGAGAAUGGUAUCAACAGGAUUGGGAACCUGCUGGUGCCAAACGAUAAUUACUGCAAGUUUGAGGACUGGCUCAUGCCCAUUCUGGACCAGAUGGUGCUGGAACAGAACACAGAGGGUGUGAAGUGGACACCUUCCAAGAUGAUCUCCCGACUUGGCAAGGAGAUCAACAACCCAGAGUCUGUGUAUUAUUGGGCUUAUAAGAACCACAUUCCUGUGCUGAGCCCUGCGCUCACAGAUGGCUCACUGGGUGACAUGAUCUUCUUCCAUUCCUACAAAAACCCAGGCUUAGUUUUGGACAUCGUUGAAGACCUACGACUCAUCAACAUGCAGGCCAUUUUCGCCAAGCGCUCCGGCAUGAUCAUCCUGGGUGGAGGUAUGGUGAAGCACCACAUCGCCAAUGCUAACCUCAUGCGGAAUGGGGCUGACUAUGCUGUCUACAUCAACACAGCCCAGGAGUUUGAUGGUUCAGACUCAGGAGCCCGGCCAGAUGAGGCUGUCUCUUGGGGCAAGAUCCGGAUGGAUGCUCAGCCAGUAAAGGUCUAUGCUGAUGCUUCUCUGGUCUUCCCCCUGCUGGUUGCUAAGACUUUUGCCCAAAAGGCAGAUGCCUUCACAACUGAGAAGAAUGAGGACUAAGAAGAUUGGUGAAGAUUGGGGGUAUUUGCUGUUCCUUUAUUUAUUAACUUUAUACACCAG